UUGAGAUAUUUUGCAGCUCCAGCAUCAUAAUUUGUCUUUUCAUAAAUGCUCCUUUAUGACCAUUGUUAUUGAGAAAAUAUCCUCCACAUAUAGAAAUAUAACUGCAGUUUCUUUUCCAUUAACCAGGAAAUGACUGAAAUAUGUAUCUGAAUUUUCACGGAAAAUAUAGUGGAAUGGUGGUAUGUUGGAUUCUUGGAUUUGGGUCACUUGUUUCUUGGAACAGUAUGCUCACUAUUGGAGAUUAUUAUUAUGAACUCUUUCCGAAAUACCAUCCUUCAAGGGUGCUUACCCUCGUUUAUCAGCCGUUUGCACUUGCAACAAUGGCAGUUCUCGCGUUUAAUGAGGCAAGAAUUGAUACAAGAAAGCGCAACCUAACCGGAUUUACUCUUUUCUUCUUAAGCACAUUCGCGCUCCUAGCGUUGGAUUUGGCCACAUCAGGAGCAGGCGGUCUUGGAAAUUACAUCGGAAUAUGUGCUAUUGUUGCUGCUUUUGGAGUUGCUGAUGCUUUUGUUGAAGGUGGAAUGGUAGGAGAUUUAUCCUUCAUGUGCCCUGAAUUUAUCCAAUCAUACUUAGCUGGUCUUGCCGCGUCUGGGGCUCUUACUUCUGCUUUAAGGCUAGUGACGAAAGCAGCUUUUGAAAGAUCUAGUAACGGUCUUCGCAAAGGAGUUAUGUUGUUCCUGGCUAUCUCCACAUUCUUUGAAAUACUAUGCAUUCUUCUAUAUGCGUUCGUCUUUCCUAAGCUACCAAUCGUUAAGUACUAUCGUACAAAGGUAGCAGCAGAGGGAUCAAAAACUGUGGCAGCAGACUUAGCAGUAGCAGGCAUCCAGACCGAAGCAACCGAAAGAGCUGAUAAUAAUGCUAAACAAUUGGAGCGCCUGAGCAACAAACAACUGUUCUUUCAGAACUUCGAUUACUUUUUGGAUUUGUACUUGAUUUAUGUCCUGACAUUGUCAAUUUUCCCUGGAUUCUUGUACGAGAAUACUGGUUCCCACAGAUUAGGCUCAUGGUAUGCUUUAGUCCUGAUAGCAGUUUACAAUAUGUUCGAUUUGAUAGCAAGAUACAUUCCACUGAUCGAGAAAAUCAAGUUGAAAUCACGAAAUGGCCUAAUGAUUGCAACAUUGUCUCGUUUCUUGUUCAUUCCUUGUUUCUAUUUCACUGCAAAGUAUGGUGAUCAAGGCUGGAUGAUAAUGCUCGUGUCCUUCCUCGGACUCACCAACGGUUAUCUCACCGUUUGUCUCCUCACAGUUGCUCCUCAGGGAUACAAGGGACCUGAGCAAAAUGCAUUGGGCAACUUGCUGGUGUUAUGCCUAUUGGCUGGAGUAUUCUCUGGCGUUGCACUAGAUUGGUUAUGGAUUAUUGGUAAUGGCAAAUUCUAACAAAACCAGUUUCCAUAAAUUGUUUCUUUUAAGUUUCUACAAAGACAUUGAUAUGUACAUAUAUAUCGUUAACUAAGUCAUACAAAAUGUUGGAAUUAAUCUCUUUUUUC